UAUUCGGUGGAUUAAAAAAACCGAUACAGAAGUGUUUGCUCUUUAAAGGGCGUUUAUUUUAGGGAAAGUAGGUAGUUAAUACAUAGAACAAACAUGAAUAAUAGGAAUAGUAACGUUAUUUUAGUGGAUAAAUAUGAUAGAACACAGGCAGGAUAUUUAGAAAUUAACCAUAAGAAUUACCCGAUUUAUAAAGGAGUAAAUACUAUAGGAAGAAAUAAAGAUGCCAUCGUUAAUAUUGCUAACUUGAACAUAAGUACACAUCACGCUAUAAUAACCAUUGUUGAUAGUGGGCAACACUACAUAAGCGAUAUAAAAUCAUCCAAUGGCACCAAAUGCUCAAACACAAAAUUAAAACCAUUUAAAUUGUAUGAGUUGGUGGAUAGAAAUGAGAUCAUCUUUGGUAACCUUCAUGGGGUAUAUAGAAAGGUGACACAACAAGAUAACACAGUUUUAAGGCAAGAAGAAGCUAUGGAAAUGUCACAAAAUUUCACUCAAAGUUUCUUUGGGUCGUGUACACAAAUGUUGGCUGAUGAUACCAAUGUAAACAUAACAGUAGAUCAUAGUUACAUAACCAAACCUAAUGAAACACAAAUGACCGAAACAGAGAUUAUGCCACCCCCAAAGCAAAAACCUAAUACUCAAAAACUUGACUUAGAUAUUCAUGAGGCUGCUACUCAGGCUUUAAAUUAUGUUGAUUUAAGUGAAGAAGCAACUCAGGUUAUGUUGCCUGAUAGGAAUAUCAAUGGGAUUGUUCAGAGUGAAGAUAUUUUAGAAGAUAUUCAUGAGGCUGCAACACAGGUUUUGCCAGAUCCAAAUGUUAAUGGUAUUGUUGAAACAGAGGAUAUACAUAAUGCUGAAACCCAAAUAUUCCAAUCUACACCAUCAAAAUCAGAAAAACCAAACCAGAAUGAAGAAAACAAAUUAGAAACUGCCAAAGAAUCAAAACCAGAAACAAUUGAACCUAAAACAAAAACAGAUCCAAAACCACAAAUUCCCAUUGAAGAAAACUCAGAAACUCAAACACAAACAAUGGACAUGAACAUCUCAAACCCUGCCGACAACCCGCCACAUGAUGACGACUUUUAUUAUGACGAAUUUCAAUAUGACUUCCAUACUAAAACACCAGUAGACGAACCAAAAGCUGAAGAAAAUGGUACAAAAACUGAAGAGGAGUCAAAACCUAAAGAAAAUUCACUUCUAUUCGAAGAAAGCUUAAUAGUAAAUAAGAGGGAGUCCAUCGGAGAUUCGCUGUGCGAGGAAAGCAUCAAAAUAAGUAGAAGAUCUACAUUUGGUGUUGUGGAGGAGUCUCUGUAUGAAGACAGUAUUACUGAGAACACCUCGAAAAUCCAAACUGAUGAAAACAGUAAUGAUUCUAUGGAUUUAUUGGUGGCAAUGCCUGAAUCUCAGCUACAAGUACAUCAGUUGAAGAAAAGGGUUUUAAUGAGGAUCGACUCUGAUACCACCACUGAAGAAUCUCAAAUACAUACCAGUCAGUUAAAAAGAAGAACCAAUAAUAGGAUCAGUUCUGAUUCAAGCUCGACAAAGAUUGACUCAGGUUCAGAUACAGAAGAAGAAAAUGAAAAAAAAUCAACAAAUAUAGACUCAGGUUCAGAUACGGACAUUGAAGAGGCACCAAUUAAUAAUACAUCAAAAAAUAUAAACAACCCUAUGGACGAUUCUGACUUAAUUCCAGCAACGCAAGAUGUACGCAACGAGGAACCAGCAAAAAUUUCUCAAAAAUCUGAAACAGAAGAAAGCUUCAAACUUGGUCUAUCAGAAUUAAUGCGGGAAGAUGAUGAAAAACCAAAAUACACAAUACAUACUUCUCAAAUUGCAACGACUUCAAAAGAAUUGACAAAAACUGAGAAAGAACAACUAAGGAUUAACGAUAGUGCCGCUAGUGAAAUGUCAAUGGAAAUGCUACAUCUUUCUUCAAGCGAAAAAACGCAGGAUGAAAAAUCACCGGAAAAGAAGUUUUCCUUUAAAAAAUUCACUCAUAAAGUUGUGGAAACAAAUCUAUCAGUUUUGGAGAGGGAAAAGGAAGGAGGUAAUAAUGAAGAUGAUGGUAUUUUUAUGCUACCAACUCAAAAAAUAUUGGUUGAAAAUCCUACUCAAGAAGAAGAUGCUACUAAAGAUGACCUUCUAGAUGCACCUACACAAAAAUUACCAACUGAAGAAACCGUAUUUUGUAUGCCCAAAUCAAAGAAUGAUUCAAUUAAUGAUGAUUUAGAUGCUCCAACUCAAAAAUUACCCGAUGAAGAUAUUUUCUUAAUGCCAACACAACAACUCGAUACAACACCUAAAAAAACAUUAAAUGAAGAAACUGAUUACUGCAUAACACCAAAAUUACCGGAAGAAAAUGAAGAUGUGUUUUUGAUGCCUACACAGAAACUAGAACACACUACACCUAAAGAAGAAAUUUAUAUUCUAGACUGUCCUACUCAAAAAUUACCGGAAGAAAAUGAAGAAGUGUUUUUGAUGCCAACACAGAAACUAGAACACACUACACCUAAAAAAUGUUCUUUAUCUAAAGAAGAAAUUUAUAUUUUGGACUGUCCUACUCAAAAAUUAUGUGAGGAAGAAAUCAAUACUCUAGACUGUCCUACUCAAAAAUUAUCUGAGGAAGAAAUCAAUACUUUGGACUGUCCUACUCAAAAAUUACCAGAGGAAGAUAUCUUACAAUCGAAAAAAAUAAAUAAAACAAAAAAAUCUUCUUUAUCAAAAGAAGUAAGGGAUAUCUUAGACACUCCUACUCAAAAAUUACCAGAAGAAAAUAACGAAAAAAUAGAAUCACCUGCAAAUACAUCUGUGGAAAACAAUAAUGAAGAUGAAGAUGCUUUAAACUGUAGUACUCAGAAAUUGCCGGAAGAAACUCCAACAAAAAGCAAUACAACGUACUAUGCCAACACUCAAUCUCUUCUACAAGAUUUGACGAAUACUCCAAAAAGAAACAAAACGUUCUUUGAUAAUACCCAAAGUUUAAUUAAUGUAUUGUCUGAUAGUGUAGCGGAUCCAGAUGUGGAAACCCAGAUGGAGGCAAAUUUUCCCAGCCAAAAUGUACGAUUAUUGCCGCAAGAUGAUAGUAGACCUAAAAAUCCACUUUGCUCAAUUAUGGAAGAUAAUUCAGAAAAAAAUUAUGAUAAUGAUAAUGAAGACAAAGUUGAAGAAAUAGUAGUGAAAAACAGUAGAAAUUCAGGAUCUUUGGGCUCUACAACAUCUGAAAGGAGUAGAAAAUCUUCAAAUAAAAAAGAACUCGUUGCCAAAGAAAACCCACAAGAUAUAAUCAAGGACAAAAACAAACGUACUUCGGGUAAAAGAGUGUCCAAACCAAACAAAAAAUAUUCAGAAGAUUUUAGCACAGAAGAUUACGACUCGGAAGCAAGUGUAAACUCUACAAUGUCAAAGAAAUCCGAUAAAGAAGGAUCUAAAAGAAAAAGAUCUUAUAAAGAAAGUGAAGAAAAUGACUUACAAAACAGUGCAAAAUUAGAGAUGAGAAGUCGAUCUUCAAGAAGAAUAAAUGUUGAAAAAGAAGAAACGGGUUCUUUAAAUAAAUUGGAUUAUUCAAAUAGAAUAAAUAAUUUUGAAAAAGAAGAAGAAAAAAUAUCUGAAAAAAUCACAAAACCAAAUAGUCGAUCUUCAAAAAGAAAUACUACAAAAGAAGAAAGUUGCUCCAAAAAUGAAGAAAAAUCUAAAAAGAGAAUCUCAAAAUCAAAAUCCUCCAACGAAGAUACUCAAGAUGAAGAAGAAAAAAUUGUACCUGAAAAAACAAAGAAAGUUAAAAGAGAAGAAACAAAAAUCAUUAAGGAAAGUAAUUCUUUAAAUAAAAAAACAUCUAAAUCAAAUGAAGAAAUUAAAAAUAAUCAAAAUACAAGAUCGUCAAGUAGAAAUAUUGAAAAAGAAGAAGAAAAAGAAGAAAAACCCAAAAAGAGGGUCUCAAAACCAAACCAAAAAUACUCCAGUGAAGAAUUCGAUACUCAAGAUGAGGAAGAAAAAAUCCUGCCUGGAAAAACGAAGAAUGACAAAAAAGAAGAAACAACCGGAGAACCGAAAAUCGUAAAAACUGAAGAAAUAACGUCUAGAAGAACAAGAAAAAAUGAUACGGAAGGAAUUAUGACGGAAACGCUGCAUACACGUAAAGGAAGAAGCAGAAAAUUAAGCACAGACUCAAAUUUGGACGUACCUAAAAAGAAAACUAGAAGAAUUAGUUGCGAUGAAGACCUUGAAAAGAAAAGGGUUAAUAGAAGAUCAGCGCGACAAAAGAUAAGUGAAGAUAGUGAAAUUUUAGAUCAAAUUAAAGAAACAGGAGAAACCAAAGGAAAUUCGGAUGAAGAUUUAAAAGUAUUUCAACCAAUAUUGAGAAAAAUUGAUGAUUCUAAACUGAGCAGCAGUCAUAUUGAUGUGCCCAUGAGUGUGGUAGAUCAAAGUUUUGCUUUGUUAGAAUCAAAAUCUUCAAAAACGCGUAAAACGAAGACUUUAAAUCCUCGAAUAGAGGCGGUCACGGUUAUUGUGAAAAAUAGAAGGAGUAUGACAACUGGGGUAAAAGAAGAAAGUGAUAAGGAAGAAGUCGCUAUCAAUAGCAGUAGUAAACGGGGUAAAACUUUGUUGCCACCUCCUGAAACAAUGGUUAAAAGGAGUAGAAAACCUAGUAAAAAGGUUAUGGAUAGUGAAGAAUCUUCUGGAUCUGCAUCAGUGGAUGAAAUGAAUACUUCUAUAUCUUCUAUAAAGUCUAGAUCUAGUAGAUCUAACUCUGUACUAUCUACUCCUGAGAGGGCAAAAAGGAAGUUGAAACCAAAAGUGGUCUUCACAAUGAUGGAGAGUCCUGAGCUUGAAGCAAUUAUAAGAAUGUUAGGAGGUAGUGUUGUAGAUACAGUUGAUUCCUCUACAGUUUUAAUAACUGGAAGUGUAAAAAGAUCGCAAAAACUACUUACAGCUAUUGGACAAGGAAAACCAAUUUGUUCGCCUCUUUGGAUACAGGAAUCCAAAAAGAAGGGAGAAUUUCUUGAUCCAUGGAAUUUUAUUCUGGAAGACCAAGAAGCUGAAGCUAAAUGGGAUUUCAAGCUAAAAGAGUCAAUUACCAGAGGUUUAAAUAACAAAAUGUUAACAAACCAUGUUUUCCAAUUAAUUGUUAGCAAUGCCCAAGAUGUUUUAAAAGGUGCAAUUGAGGCAUGUGGAGGAAAAUGCGUAUCCAGAGCUCCAGCCAAAAGCCAAGCAAAUUUUAUAGUUAUUUCCAUUCCAGAAAAUAAAAGUAAAUACACAACAAUCUUAAAGAAAAAUCCUGACAUUUUAGUUUUGGAACCAGAAUCUAUUUUUGAUGGUGUACUUAGACAGGAGUUAAGAUUUAAUAAACAUGUAUUAAAAUAA